AUGGAUGGCAAAAGUAAUUAUAAUUCAUUCACUAUGAACAACCCUUUAGGUGUUGAAAAAUUCAAGAGGCAAGGCCACAUGAUAGUUAACUUUUUUGCCGAUUAUUUUGAUAAUGUUAGAAACUAUCCCGUUUUAAGUCAAGUUAAACCCAAAUAUCUUGAAAAACAGGGUCCAUCUCUUGCUCCUAUUGGCCCUAUGCUCAGCACUGGACUCAUCGUCGUUGGAUUCAACGUUCUCUUUCCGGCGACAACCGAGCUCGAGAGCACCGUCACUCGACCAAAAGCCAAAUUCCUCUUCACGGGUGAUGGUGGUGUCGUCAUGUUAGGCACAAUAUGCGAGGCAGUAUUGGCAACACUUGUGGCUAGAGAGACAAAAUGCUAA